AUGUACGAGCCACGGCGGUACGCGGAAUGGUUGCACAGCGAGGUGUUUUUGCCAGUGGUUGUUGUAAUCGGAAGUGAUGCGGCAAAGGCACGGGUGAAGGAGGCCAACGGCUUGUCACUUGCAGAGCUCUUUGCGCCUUUCGGUGGCCACUUUCGGGGCAUCUCCGUGUCGGCCCAGUCCUUGGAGAGGCAGAUUCCGAUCGAAAACUUGAGGGUCCGCUACGUGGAUGCCGACUUGGCAGUCCAGCUAAGCACUCUACAGGCGGAUCAGGUGGCUGCCUGGACUGUGGAAUCCAGUGCACUGGCGGGGAGACCAGACAGCCUCGAAGCUCCAAGCCCAUGGUACGAGCAGUGGCGAAAUGCUUUGUUUGGGGCUCUGAGAUGGUCCGAGCAUGAGGCUUUGGACCAACCUGCUGCAGCUAUGCUGGUGGUGUUAUCCAAGGAGCCUGACCCCGUCAUGCAGUUGGAGCAACUUCUCCAUGCUUCCAAGAUGCCACCCUUGUGCACUCAAGGGGUGUUGGACCCCGUUCCUUCACGAGUGGCAGUGCUUCUCCAUGACCUAUCAGAUCCAGAGAGCCCCAGCAAGGAAGACUUUGACAAAAACCUGGCAAGCAUCAGGGCGCGGUUCGCUCCCAAUCUGGUUCUCCCGCUUCAUAUCAACCAUGGCGACGCAAAGUUCACCAUGCCGGAGGCCGAGGACUUGUUCAAGUCCUUCCUGGUGCAAACUGCUCCGCCGCCCCCGCCUCCACCACCAGAGGCUGCCGACGAAGUAAAGCCCAGCCCAGGAUCACGGCUCACACGUGAAGACCUGCAAAGUCUGGCGCAGGUUGGAACGGAGGUGGUGGUGAAGAGCGCAGUACCCUGGAUGGAGAAGCAGCUCCAACAGCUGGAGGCACAAAUCUCGCAAGCUCGCAAGGGCUUCCGGAACCAGCUGAAGUACCUUUGGCGAAAGCCUCGUGAGGGAGCUCGAUUCUCAAGAUUGACUUUGAAGCGACUGCAGCUACGUGCGCGGCAUGCUAACUUUGUCUAA